AUGGAGACUCUGUACCGAGUCCCAUUCUUAGUGCUCGAAUGCCCCAACCUGAAGCUGAAGAAGCCGCCCUGGAUGCGCAUGCAGUCGACCAUGAUGGUGUACGCCCUAGUGGUGGUGUCUUACUUCCUCAUUACUGGAGGAAUAAUCUAUGAUAUUAUUGUUGAACCUCCAAUCGUUGGCUCAAUGACUGAUGAGCAUGGACAUCAGAGACCAGUAGCUUUCUUUGCUUACAGAGUAAAUGGACAGUAUAUUAUGGAAGGACUUGUGUAUAGCUUCCUGUUUACAAUAGGAGGUUUAGGUUUCAUAAUCCUGGACCGAUCCAAUGCACCAAAUAUUCUGAAACUCAAUAGGUUUCUUCCUCUCUUCAUUGGCUUUGUCUGUGUCCUGCUGAGUUUCUUCAUGGCUAGAGUAUUCAUGAGAAUAAAAUUGCCGGGCUACCUGAUGGGCUAGUGCAUUUUGAGGAAAUCAUUGAAUCCUGGAUUGGCUCCUGUUAGUGAAGCUUUAGAGGCUGAGCCACUCCCCUGUGCGAUGAGUAGAAGAGUGAAGAGCAGAGUAAAAGCCACGUUGAGGGACACCCUAGCAAGCAUAUGACCGCUAGGACUGGAAUUCAUGCUAUCAGAGACACGUUCAUUACAGUAUUUUUUCUGAUGACCUCUUCUGAUGUACCAACUAUGUUAAGUGGCAUUUUCUUCUUAGUUUUUUAUUUCCCAAAGAAAAUAUACUCCAUUUCUAAAACUUUGGUAUUGAAUAAAGUGAUUAUUUUUUACAACCCCCUUA